UCAGGGAGAUCCCAGAGCUCGGAGAAGGCAGAGAUCUGUCCUUGGGAGUCUCAGGGCUCUAAAUCCAAUGACAAAGCUGAGAUCUGUCCCUGGGAGGUGGCUGAGCCUCAGCUGGAGAAGGGAACAGGUCCAGGUAAGGAGAAACUCCCAAGAGAAGCCUCCAAAGCUGUGGAGAAGAGGAGCACAGACAGAGUGUCCAUCUGUCCGUGGGAGAGCCUGGACACAGAGCAGCCCCUGGCCAAACCCCAAACUGGGAGCUCAGCACUGCCCAAAGCAGCCCCAGGGAAAUCCCAGAGCUCAGAGAAGGCAGAGAUCUGUCCCUGGGAGAGUCAGGACGUUGAAUCCAGCAGCAAAGCUGAAAUCUGUCCCUGGGAGGUGGCUGAAGAACCCUCAAGUAAAGAGAAAUCCAGACAGGACAAAGAGGAUCCAUCCAGGGUGAGCAAAAGCCCUUCCACAAGUCAAAGACUCCUGAAGGAAGUGGGAGCCUCUUCUGGAAAGAAGGACCGAGAGUCCGUCUGUCCUUGGGAGAGCCUGGACAAGGAGCAGCCCCCGGCCAAACCCCACACCGGGAGCUCAGCACUGCCCAAAGCAGCCCCAGGGAAAUCCCAGAGCUCGGAAAUCUGUCCUUGGGAGAGUCAGGACCUCAAAUCCAGUGACAAAGCUGAGAUCUGUCCCUGGGAGGUGGCUGAGCCUCAGCUGGAGAAAGGGGCAGCACCAGGAAAGGAGAAACUCCCACCAAGAGAAGCCUCCAAAGCUCUGGAGAAGGGGAGCAGAGAGAGGGAAUCGAUCUGUCCUUGGGAGAGCCUGGACACGGAGCAGCCCCCGGCCAAACCCCACACUGGGAGCUCAGCACUGCCCAAAGCAGCCCCAGGGAAAUCCCAGAGCCCAGAGAAGGCAGAGAUCUGUCCCUGGGAGAGUCAGGACGUUGAAUCCAGCAGCAAAGCUGAAAUCUGUCCCUGGGAGGUGGCUGAACCUCCCUGCCAGCAGCCAAAGGCAAAGCAGGUCCCUGCUGGGGGCCCCAAGGGGGACAAGCGCAUCACGCGCCAGGCAGCGCUGGCCAGCCCGGAGAGAUCCCUGGACAGCAGAGACAGAGUGUCCGUCUGUCCUUGGGAGAGCCUGGACACGGAGCAGCCCCUGGCCAAACCCCACGCUGGGAGCUCAGCACUGCCCAAAGCAGCCCCAGGGAAACCCCAGAACCCAGAGAAGGCUGAGAUCUGUCCCUGGGAGAGUCAGGACCUCAAAUCCAGUGACAAAGCCGAGAUCUGUCCCUGGGAGGUGGCUGAGCCUCAGGUGGAAAAAGGAACUGGCCCAGGAAAGGAGAGACUCCCAAGAAAAGAAACAACCAAAGCUGUGGAGAAGGGGAGCAGAGAGAGGGAAUCAAUCUGUCCCUGGGAGAGCCUGGACACAGAGCAGCCCCCGGCCAAACCCCACACUGGGAGCUCAGCACUGCCCAAAGCAGCCCCAGGGAAAUCUCAAAGCUCAGAGAGCCUGAAGGCAGAGAUCUGUCCCUGGGAGUCUCAGGGCUCUAAAUCCAGUGACAAAGCCGAGAUCUGUCCCUGGGAGAGUCAGGGCUCUAAAUCCAGUGACAAAGCCGAGAUCUGUCCCUGGGAGAGUCAGGGCUCUAAAUCCAGUGGCAAAGCCGAGAUCUGUCCCUGGGAGGUGGCUGAGCCUCAGCUGGAGAAAGGGGCAGCACCAGGAAAGAAGAAACUCCCAUCAAGAGAAGCCUCCAAAGCUGUGGAGAAGGGGAGCAGAGAUCGAGAGUCCAUCUGUCCCUGGGAGAGCCUGGACACGGAGGAGCUGUCCCUGGAAUCUGCAGUGGGGAAGGAGCCCUCCAAGAAAUCCGACUGCACGGAGAGCAGGAAAUCCCAGAUUUGUCCCUGGGAAGCAGCAGAGCUCAUUGGGCUGGAGGAGGAAAUCCCCCAGCCAGGUGUGCAGCCACAGGGAGCCCAGAGAGGUUCCCCUGCAAGGACGGGACAGCCGGGAGCCAGCGCUGUGUCUCCAACGCUUCUGGAAAAAUCCAGGGGCAGAUCCCAGGGGGAGGCCGAGCACAAGCCCCUGCGCCGGCUCCUGCCCAGCACCCCGCAGCCAGGGGUGGGCAGCAGCUCCAGCCCUGGCGCUGGCCGGGCCGAGGUUUGUCCUUGGGAAGCUGGAGAGGCUCCAGCAGCACCGGCCGAGCCCCGUUUGGGCCCGAGGAAAAGCUCCGGGGUGUGUCCGUGGGAGGAGGAGAGCACGGAGCCCUCCCGGAGCUGCCCGGGGCAGGGCAGAGCCCGGGAUGGGGGCGGGCUCUGAGGGGAUCCCAGCGCCGGUGGCUCCAUCCAUCCAUCCAUCCGUGUGUCCAUCCCUCUGUCCUUCCCCUCCAUCCCUCCUGAUCCUCCCUGCCCAGCCCCGAGUUGGACUGGGGGCUCUGGGGUGUGAGGCUGAAGGUCCCGGUUGUGUAAUUUUGUGUAAAUAGAGGAAAUAAACGGAAUUCUCUAUGGAGUGUGCUCAGAGAGGCUCACUGUGAGGUGGGGGAGAGCAGGGAUAUCCCCAGGGAAGGGGCUGAC